AGUACACAAAUGAAGAAUCUACUUUGAAACCUAAACUCAAGAUAUUCCUUCGGAUUUCUUAGUGCACUUGCGACGACGUACGCACAAUCUUGAGCCCAGCCCGAAGUGAGACCCCAUCAAUGCUGCUCAAAGUGCUGUGUCCUGUUGUGGGAUUCGUCCUUAUGACGUUGCGAUUGGAGGUCAGCAGCCUGGCCAUCACCAAUGGCCAUUGUCAGAAGAACAUCAGUGUCAAGUACCAGGUACCGGUGACCAAGACCCGCUUGGCAGGUCGAUCAAAUUUCAGCCAACCAAUUGAUUUGGAUAGCUAUGUGGUGUUCGAAGAACGAGUGAGGUGGGAUAACAUCCAAGUUUGCUGUCCCGGAUAUCGAACCAUCCUGUUUGGUUUCUGUGAGCCCGUGUGCCAGGAGCCGUGUCCCGCCCACAGCUACUGCGCCGAACCGGACCGCUGUCAUUGCCAGCGGGGCUACGAGCCAUCACACCACCACACCACCCACCGACCCACUGGCCACCAGCUCGUCUGUCGUCCGGUCUGUCAGGGUGGUUGUCCCGAGCAUAGCCACUGUGUGGCCCACAACGAGUGCGAAUGCUGGCCGGGAUUCAAGGAUGCCAGUAGUUGGUUCAGCAUGAGCCUGCGUUGCGAGCGGAUUCAGUGUGGCCAUGAGCAAAGAUACGAUCCAGGAAGACGCGCCUGUGUCCAGAUCGAGAUGAGCAUGGAGGAGCUGAUGCAACGCGUGGCCGAGCGAUUGUCCAAGGGACUUGAGACGGGAACGGAGUCAACCAGCGAACCAGAAACCUUUAAGCCAUAGGGCGUAGAAAGGUGAAUACAUAUUUUGUA